UAUAAAAGAAGGAAGGAAACUGCAAUGCAUUCAAGAGUGGCCACGCUUGAAUUUUCUUCUGCUUGGGUAAAGAGUUGGUGCUGUUUGGGAAAUUCAGAUCAUUCAGAAUCAAAGGACAGAAGAAAAAGUGUUCAAGAAGCUGUUGAAAACUUAGACCAAAUGACUAGAGUAACUGAUGAACAAACUGCUGCCAUACAGUCAGCCACGAUAGAAGCAAAAUAUCUUCCUCUGACAUUUGUGCCUGAUAUUAUUCUUGAAGAAAUUUUAAAUGAUUCAUUUCGUAGUCUUCCAUAUCAGAUUGAAUCAAAUGUUGUAUUAUUACUUGCUGAUGUAUGUGGUUUUACAAGAUUAGCUGAAAGUUAUUGCCAAAAGGGAAUAUCAGGCGUAGAAGCACUAGCUAGCAUUUUAAAUGGUUACAUGAGUACAUUAACUUCAAUGUUAAUAUCUGCAGGUGGUGACAUUCUUAGCUUUGCUGGUGAUGCGUUUUUGUGUCAGUGGGAAGUGGGAGAAGACAGAAACCUUAGAGGUACAGUUGUAAAAGCAUACAAUUGUGCUCUGGCUUUGCAAACGCAUGAAAGUCUACAAGAGAAGAACUUAUCUGGAACUUUAAGAGUGAAAAUUGGUAUUGCUUGUGGAAAAAUUAAUACUUGGGUUCUUGGUUCUCCAAGCGAAUUCUUGCUCUAUGCUGUAGCAGGUCCAGCAUUACCUCAGGUGAAUGAAGCUGAAAGCUUAACUAGUGCUGGUCAAAUUACUGUAUCUAAACAAGUGUUUGCAUGCCUUCAAGCUGAAAAGGCCAACACGUAUAAUUCCAAAUAUUUAACUGAAGAAUUUACUUUGAUAUCAGACUUUGAUGAAGCUGUCAGUAAAAAGUUUGUCCCUAACAGAAUUCUGAAUUUUCAACAAUGUGAUAAACAGCAUAUUGCUAUGGCAAGAACAUUUUUAAUACCUCCUGUGAGAGAUGUAAGAACAGAAAUAGAGCUGAAUUAUCUUUCAGAGUUAGCAAUGGUUACCACUAUCUUCAUAUCAUUGUUAAAUGUACGAGUGGAAGAGCCUCUUCUUUUGGACCGUGCUUUUGACAUAAUUCUAGAAUGUGUAAAGAAACAAGGAGGUGUUCUAAACAAAUUGCAGCUUUUUGACAAAGGUUGUACAUUUUUAAUAGCAUUUGGACUUCCUGGUAUGAAACAUUCAAAUGAUGCAGCAAGGGGUAUCUUAUGUGCUAAUAAUGCUGUUGAUGAACUGGUGAACUUAAAUAUAAAUGUGUCUGUUGGUAUAGCUAGUGGAACCUGUUUUUGUGGACUUGUUGGUCACCCACAACGAAAAGAAUAUACAGUAUUAGGUAGCAGAGUCAACUUGGCAUCUCGAAUAAUGACAGUCUACAAAGAUGAACCUGUUGUAAUGGAUACUGAUACAUACCAUUUAAGUCGAGACGAUUUAGGCCAUGCUAGUUUUGUUGAAAUGCCAUCUCGAAAGAUGAAAGGUAUUGAGAGAACAGAAGCAAUAUAUGCUUACAGAGUUAAAAAUAAAGAAAUGAAAAUGAGGAGAUCUGUUUUUGAAAAACUAGAUGAAGAAGAUGAAAAGGAAGCAGAAGUGGGAAAAAAAAGAAUUAAAGAAUGCCUUUCUGUUAUGACUGAUGAGGACAAACGAGCUGAUAUGCGAGAAAAAACCUUACUCCCAGUUAUAAUUAUAGAAGGUGAUUGUGGCAAUGAAUAUCUUAUGUAUUACACUGUUGGAGCUGCUGCUUCUAUGGAUUAUAAAACUGUUUCUUGCUGCACAAUACCCUCUCAUGCUGAUGAACCUUUUUCUACUAUAACUUGUCUUGCAUUCCACAUGCUUGAUAUGACUUUAAAUGAGGGUAUAUUUGAGCGAGAGCAAAUAAUUCUUAACUUCUUACCAGGAUGCAGCAAUGCCCCUCUGUAUCUCCUGAAUCAUUUAUUUCAUGUUCAGUUUCCACCUUCUAAGACUGUGAAUGUGGACAAGACUCUUAGAAAUAAGCAAAUUAUUGGCCUGUUCAAAGAUAUUUUUAAAGAGUUUUGCACAGGUUUCCAAAUGCUUCUUGCAAUAAAUGGUGCAGAGUUCAUGGAUGAGUACUCAUGGCUAUUGAUUCGGCAACUGGCCGAGGAGGAAAACGUAUUAAUUCUUCUCAGCCUCUGUUACAAUUUCAAGGAACCUUCAAUUCUGGCAGGUGUUCUGUAUCUAAAAGCAUAUACACAUAUAAAUUUGGAAUUAUCUGGCAGAGAAUAUUUUCCUGCUCUUAUUUGUUGGUAUCUUGGAGUUAAAGCUGUUCAUAAAGAGAUAGUGGGUUUUCUAAAGGAAAAAACUGAUGGAAAUACUCAGUUACUGAGAGAAGUUUUGCUGUCUCCUAUACUUCUUCAAAUGGCAGAUUUAAUUCCUUUUAACAGUUUAGAUGAAGAAAGAAUAAGAAAAGAAUUUGUCUUAAGUGAAUUUCAAGAUUCUGAUGAUAAAAGUAAUGAUAUUUUUGCUUGUGAUUUGAAAUCAUUAUCUUCAUUAAAAGAAGUAUCUGUUCCUUCCAAUGUUAAUGAUGCAGUGAAUGAACGUCUAAAUGAUUUAAAUAUGCAGGAAAGAUUGCUUUUGAAAAGAGCUGCAGUUUUAGGCUAUGACUUUGAUCAGCAUACUCUUGAAGCUGUAAGCUUAGGAUUAACAAAGGAAGAGGUAUUGAAAUCUCUGAACUCUUUGACAUCUAAACAUAUUUUGUCAUGUGCUUGCAUUUCUGAGUAUGUAUUCAACAAGCAAAUGCUACAAAAGCCUUCUGAAAAAUUAGAAUGCUCUAUUAUUUGUUUCUGUAAGAAAGUUUCCACUAAAUCUGUGUUAAGGAAUGGUUCCAGUAGUUCCCGUGUAAUUGGACCAUAUCAUCGUCUCAAGUUUUACACUGAUAUUUUUAGGUUGUGCAUCUUGAACUACAUGACAAAAGAUCAACUGCGUAGCAUGCAUUUGGAACUAGCUUAUGAAUUAGAGACUAAUGGCCUUAUAUGUAUUUCCUGCAAAAGGGCAAGAGCUGAAGAUACUAAAAUGGAAAAUGCUAUGAAAGAUAUGCGUUGCUUGCCUAUUUAUGCUGACUCAAAGCAUUGUACAUGUUUACAAAGGAGAACUACAUUGUAUACUCGUCUUGCUGCUAUUUAUGAUUCUGUUGGUGCCAAAUUACUUCGAGUCUACUUUAUCAAAAAGGCUGCUCAAGCUUCAAAUGAUAUCAAUUACCCUAUUCAGGCUUUGCAUUUUGCUGAAUUUGCUGAAAGUAUAUUUCCUGGCAUGUAUAGCUCAUCACAUAGUAGCACAGUUGAAGAUCAGUGUCAGUUUGAUCCAGUAGUCUUGAAAGCCUCUCUAAAGAAAGCUGAAGCUGAAUCAUUUCUUCUUCUUGGUGAUACAUAUUAUGCCUCAUCACUUGCUUUCAAAGCUCUGAAUCUAUUAGGAUUAAAUCCUGUUUGUUUCCAUGGAGCCUUUAAUUGUAAUGAUUUUAAGCACAUAUUGCCAAAGUUUCCUUCACUUCAUGCUGAAGCAAUAACUAAAUUGUUGGGAGUUCUUACUAAAACUUAUUAUAUGGCUUAUAAAUAUAGCUUAGCUAUGGAACUAGUAAAAAUAGAACAUAUUGCUCUUGAUGCCUUUCCAAUAGACUUUUCUCAGGUAUUGAGUAAUAGGAUCCUUUUGUAUCAAUGCAAAUGUCACUUGAAUCCAACAGCAAAUGUAAAUGAACUGGAAACAAAUAUUUUGAGAAUGUGUCAUCAAAGGCUACGAAACUUUGUCCAGAUAGAUCUGUUAGAAAUAAAAAAUAUUGAAAGAGCUUAUAUUACCCUCAUAAAAGGAAAUUUAGUACGUUCUCAACUGGUUCGAGCGGAAAGAAUAUCUGCAGAUGUAUUCAGAAUUUUGAAGUAUGUUAAUGUUCAAACAUGUGUUCCUGAUAUAUAUCUUUAUCAGUUUCAAAUUUAUUGGCAUGGCAAAAGAUACAGUGAUUGUUGUUCUGCUCUGCUUAAAAUACACAAUAUGAUUGUUGAAAAUGGAUCUCUAACCGUUCAUGCUCUAUACUUCUGUGGAUUAACUUCACUCAUAAUGUGUAACUGUGCAGAAGUUUCAGAAAAAGAUUAUAUUAUUAAAAGCAAUGAAUUUACCAGCCAGUGGUCUGAAAAGUGGGCAUCAUCUUUAGUUGAUGAUAUAGCAUUUUACAUAUCAAUUACACUUGCAGCCUGGUGUUUUCAUUCAGAAACCAUUUAUAAUUGGAAUCAAGGAAAGAGAUUUUUUAAAAAGUGUUUUACUCUGGCACAUAAUAUAUCUAGAAGACUAAAUCUAAUGACAUAUUGGGAUGUCGGAGGUUUUCUUAUUCUUUUGUGGUUAAAAAUGAAGCAAUCAGAAAAUGAUGAUAUACAAGCUUUUAACAAUAAACAAGCAAAAGUCUUAUCUGACUUGUCAAACGUGGAGAAGAAAAUUAAAACAUAUUUCCCAAUAUAUUUGAAGCAGCAUAAACAGCUGGUGAAAAGUAUACGCACUUUAAAGCCAAAGAAAAAGCUGAAAAGCAUUUAUUAAUUAUUUAAGUUCUACUCAAGUGUUUGCUGUCCCCAUUUUAUUUAUUUUAUAGUAUAUUUAUCAAUUUUAGUAUCAAAUAUUUCUGAUUUUAUGUAUGUACUUAUAAGUAAAUCUAGUCAAAAAGAAUGAGAUUGUCUAAUUCAUUAUCUAAUACUGGUAGUAAUAAAACAUUUUCCACCAUAUUUUAGAUUAUUCUGUAAUUGACUUGAAAAGUGUCUUUCAAGAAGCUUUACUUCAAAUUUACUCUUACAAUAUUUUGCAUAAUAAAAACCAUAAUUGUUUCUA